AUGAGCGCAAUUGAGAUCCUCGGACGACGUCUUCAUCGUUCAAUCCCUACCACCCGCAGCAUCUCAUCAUCGAAUCUCACCCCCAGACUCAUCGUCACCACUCACGCUCGCAACAGAUUCGCUCACUACGCCGCGCUCACCCGCAAGUUUACAAACACGCGAUCAAUCGCAACAUCACAUCAACUCUCCAAGAUGGCAACCGAGGAACUACCAAAAGUGAAGCUCUACUGGCUCAACGACUCCCGCUCCCAAAACACCCUCUGGCUCCUCGAAGAACUCAAGAUCCCCUACACAGUCCAGCUCUUCCGCCGCGCCCUUAACCGUCUCGCGCCCCCCGAGCUCGAAACCGUCCACCCGCUAGGCAAGGCGCCGGUGCUAGAAAUCACACCCGCGCCGAGCGACGAGGAACCUAAUCCUGCACCGAUCCGGCUCGCUGAGAGCGGGUACAUCACGCAAUACCUCGUCGAGCACUUUGGCCACCGGAAGCCCGGCCUUGUGCCGCCGCGGUGGAAGACCGGGCGGGAGGGAAAAGUCGGAGUACUCAAGUCAUCCAACGUCCCCUUCCUAAUCCGCCCCCUCACCUCCCUCGUCGCCUCCAAAAUCUUUUCCCUAGUCAUCUUUCCCAACGCGCAGAAGCACCUCGCCAUGCUCGAGAACUAUCUCAAGACUGCGCCGGGGGUAUCACCUGGUGGCGGCGGGUUUCUCUGCGGACCAGAGCUCUCGGCCGCGGAUAUACUCAUUAGCUUUGCGCUCAUCACGGCGGACGCCGAGAAUGCGUGGGACACGAUGGGGAAUUGGCCUGGAGGGUCGGUGAAGGCGGCGCACCCUGUGCUGUUUGAGUAUGUUGAGCGGUUGAAGAGGGAGCCUGGGUAUUUGAGGGUUGUGGAGAAGGUUAAGGAGAUUGAGGGGUGA